AUGCCUUUGCUUUGGAAGAGAGGAUUUUUGUUGGUGCUUUGCUGGAUUAUAGUGAGGAGUUCCCCAACCCCAGGAUCCGAGGGGCACAGUUCAGUCACUGACUGUCCAUCAUGUGCCCUUGCCACGCUCUCAAAGGAUGUGCCCAGCUCACAGCCUGAGAUGGUGGAAGCAGUAAAGAAGCACAUACUGAACAUGUUGCACUUGAGGGACAGACCUAAUAUUACCCAGCCGGUGCCAAAGGCAGCACUUUUAAAUGCCAUCAAAAAACUCCAUGUGGGAAAGGUGGGAGAGGAUGGUUAUGUGGAAAUAGAGGAUGAUGUUGGAAGAAGAGCCGAAAUGAAUGAAGUUGUGGAGCAAACCUCAGAAAUCAUCACUUUUGCGGAAUCAGGCACAGCCAAGAAAAUGCUGCACUUUGAGAUUUCCAAGGAAGGCAGUGAAUUGUCAGUGGUGGAACACGCUGAAGUGUGGCUCUUUCUGAAGGUCUCCAAGGCCAAUCGGAGCAGGACAAAAGUCACCAUCCGCCUGUUUCAACAGCAACGGCAGCCAAAAGGCAACUCUGAAGGAGCAGAAGAUAUAGAGGAUGGGGGGCUGAAAGGUGAAAGGAGUGAGACUUUGAUUUCAGAAAAGGCAGUGGACACCCGUAAGAGCACUUGGCACAUCUUUCCUGUGUCCAACAGUGUCCAGAGGCUGCUGGACCAAGGCAAGAACUCUUUGGAUGUGCGGAUUGCCUGUGACCUGUGCCAAGAGACUGGAGCCAGCCUUGUGCUACUGGGCAAGAAGAAGAAAAAGGAAGAUGAUGGGGAAGGGAAAGAAAAGGAACCUGGAGAAUUCACAGGAGAAGAGGAGAAGGAGCAAUCACAUCGGCCCUUCCUGAUGAUGCUUGCCCGGCACUCGGAGGACCGCCAACAUAGGAGGAGGAGACGAGGCCUGGAGUGUGAUGGCAAAGUCAACAUCUGCUGCAAGAAGCAGUUCUUUGUCAGCUUCAAGGACAUAGGAUGGAGUGACUGGAUCAUUGCACCUACAGGUUAUCAUGCCAACUACUGCGAAGGAGAGUGCCCCAGCCAUAUAGCAGGCACAUCUGGUUCAUCGCUGUCUUUCCACUCCACUGUCAUCAACCAUUACCGCAUGCGGGGCCAUAGCCCCUUUGCCAACCUCAAGUCAUGUUGUGUGCCUACCAAGUUGCGGCCCAUGUCCAUGCUCUACUACGACGAUGGCCAGAACAUCAUAAAGAAAGACAUCCAGAAUAUGAUUGUGGAGGAGUGUGGCUGUUCAUAG